UGUUUCGUUUCCGUCUCUCGUCCACCAAACGGUUUUAGUCUAGUUCCUGUAUCGGUACCAAACCGUCAACCGCUACUAUACGCUCGUGAACCGUACACACACCUAAUUAUAGUGAAUAUCAGCGAACACRAUAAUUUUUUUGCGAUAUUUUAUCGAAAUGGGUACCAAAUUUUAAACAUUUUUUUUUUCGUGCCUUAUUGUUAUAAUAAUAUAAUAAAAUUAAAAGGCCAUUUACCACACAUAAUAUAUCGCGAAUUUAGAAGUAGAUAUACAUCACGAUUUGUGCCGAGAUGAAUUUACUAUAUUCAUAAACUUCAACAAUAAAUUAUAUUGAGUGGCAAAAACAUUUUUACUGGUCAUCGUGAUAAAGGCAUUACAGAAAUUUUAUCGUUUAAACGUUUUUCGUCAUACGUGGGAAUGACGGAAGGAUUUAAAUCAAAGGAAAUUAUUUUACAAGCUCAGAAAAAAUUCUUGGGCAAAGUAACCAAUAAAAAUGUUAUAAAAUUAUUUAUACACGACCGCAAUGCUAAUAUUUUGGAUAAUGUGUAUCGUCUAGCGAAAGUUUACACGGGAAAUAAGAAAGAAUCCGAGAAGUUGACGAAAAAUAUAAUCAAAAUUAUCGUCAAAUUAAGUAUUUUGUAUAGAAAUGAUCAAUUUGACAGUAAUGAAUUAGAAUUAGCAAAUAAUUUUAAAGAUAAAUUUAGAGAGUUAACUAUGAUUGCAGUAAGUUUUUAUGAAAUAGAAUUCAGUUAUGAUAAAAAUUAUUUAACUAAUUAUUUAUUCAAGUGUAGAGAAAUACUAAAAGAACUAAUCAAAAGACAUCUCACAGAUAAAACACUGUCCAGAGUAGACAAAAUUUUUGAUUUUUUUUCAAAUUCCGUAUUUUUAGAUUCGGUUUUUAUUAAUCCUGCAAUCUCCGAUUUAACCGAAAUUGUACACAUUUUAAUUAACGACUUAAAAGAAUUAUUGGAUAAAGACUUAUAGUAUGUAUAAUAUUAUAACAUACUGCUUAUAAUGUAUAAAAAAAUAUUUUGAUAUUGAUUUUGUAUAAUAUAUAUAUAUAUUGAAUGCGAUAUAGCUAGGACUCUACURAACACCUCAUACUCUAUGCUUUGUAUAAUCUUCUCUAUAAUCUAUAUAGGUAUUUCAAUGGUUAAAUGUUUGUACUUAUUCCUAAUAAUUAUACUAUUUAUUUCUUUGAACCUGACGCCCUUACAAUAUUGUCUAAGAAAAAUGUUAAAACAAUUUUUGAUAUAGUAACGACGAGUACUAUCAAGAACUAAAUAAAUAGGUAACUAUAUAUAUGCUAGCAUAAUAUAUACAUUUUUUUAUUAAUUUAAUUGUGUCAAUACACC